AUGGCACGGCUUGGACGCAUCGGGUUCCUCGGAACUGCGAUCGUGUUCCACCUGGUGUAUAUCUACUCCAUCUUCGACAUCUACUUCGUGUCGCCUCUUGUGCAUGGAAUGCGCGCAUACAAAGUCGACACCCCUGAGCCUCCCGCCAGGCGAUUGAUUUUGUAUGUUGGUGACGGACUCCGAGCCGACAAAGCGUUUCAAUUCUUCCCCGACCCCUCAAGGCCGAUAGACGAUUCUGCGGCACAGGAUGUGGUCCCCAUGGCGCCUUUCCUCCGGUCUCGAGUCCUCGAACAUGGCACUUUUGGCGUCUCCCACACCCGCGUUCCCACCGAAUCCCGACCGGGUCAUGUAGCCCUCAUCGCGGGGCUGUACGAAGACGUGGCAGCGGUAACAACAGGAUGGAAACUUAAUUCGGUCAACUUUGACAGCGUCUUCAACAGAAGUCGACAUACCUGGAGCUGGGGCAGUCCGGAUAUCUUGCCCAUGUUCUCCGCCGGGGCUGUACCGGGCCGAGUCGAAGAUCAGAUGUACGAGGCGGAAUUUGAAGAUUCCAGUAAAGAUGCUACGGAGCUGGACUACUGGGUUUUUGACCGUGUAAAGAAGCUGUUCGAGGACGCUGACACGGAUGAACGCCAUGAUGUUGCUCAAGCGGAUAUCGCGGCUCUUAUGGCAUACCUGGUUGGCUUGGAAUUUCCGGUCAACUCGGUUGGAGAGCUCCCGCUAUCGUUUCUGGACGCCACUGACGAGCAAAAGGCAAAGGCUUUGCUUGCUAAUGCGAGAGAGAUUCUGGAGAUGUAUUGUGUCAAGGAGCGCGAGAAGAUGGCUGAAGUUCUACAUUACAAGCCUUACUCUGGCUUUGCGGAAACCAACAUCGAAAAUCGUCUAGCAUUCAUCGAGGAACUCAUCCGGGAACAAGAUUACACGACUGCAAUGAAGCAAUCCGAUGAACUGAUUAAGACUGCUUUGCAGGGCCUAAGGUACCUGCAGACCUAUGCGUGGCUCUUUCUGCGAACACUGGUCACAGCAGGCUAUCUUGGCUGGAUCGCAUUCGCUUUCACAACAGCCAUAGAUGUCUACGUGCUCGAUAACAAGAUCAAUGUGCAGAGGUCACGCGGGCUCGUUAUAACUUUUACCUCGAUCCUGGUCGGGCUUUGCAGUCUACUCAUGUUCCAAGCAUCACCCAUCACAUACUACGCGUACGCCUUCUUUCCACUUUUGUUUUGGGAAGAGGUUUUUGCGCGGUGGAGGGUGUUGGCCGAGGGCAAGAGAAUAUUGUUUUCGCAGUUCUCGAUGAAAGUCAUGGUUCAAAGUUACUACAGGCGACAGGUCUAUACGAUUGUAUACCUGACCGCUACCGCUUGGCCACUUCUCAACGGUACAGACUUUGUCAAGACAAACAUUUUCCUCUACACUACGUGGGCACUUUCCUGCGCUGCCAUGAGCGUCUUCACUCUUCUACCAGCUAACAAGCUGGAGGACAUAACCCUCAUUUCUGUCGGUGGCAUCUUAAUCCUUCUAGUCGGCUUUUUGUAUAUUGCGUUUGAAGAGAGACUAUUGGUACAGACUGUGCCCUCAAAACAUCGGCUGAGCGCAGCGGAUGCCGAUGGUGUAUCGAGAAUGAUUCUUGGUUUGCAAGUCGGACUGGUCGCUCUUGCAAUGCUUGUCACAAGGUCGAGUGUGGCCUCCUUACAGACAAAGCAGGGCCUUCCGCUGGGAACACAGAUCGCCGGAUGGGCUACGCUGGUCGCAUCCCUCGUCCUGCCCUUUGCCCACGUCUUACGUCCACGAAAACAUUUCCUUCAUCGCCAUAUGAUCAUUUUCCUCGCACUCGGGCCACUCUUCAUCAUCCUCACUAUCUCCUACGAGGGGCUUUUUUACUUUGCCAUUGCCAUUACCCUCUUCAGCUGGGUCCAACUCGAACAUAGAAUACAUCAACACUCUAAGAACGGUAAAACCCGCAAGAUCAAGUCCAUCGACGAUUCUCGUACAACGGGCAACGCCAAGAACGCUGCAGUUAUUGAUAAACCCUUCAAAAAGGCCCUGAAAGAGGAAGUUUUAGCUCCACUUACAACAGCCGCCGAGACAGCGGAGCAGAGAGAAGCGGCUGCCGCAGAGGGGAGCUACAGAAGUCUCAUCCUUUCGGAUGUAAGAUUGUGUCUUUUUUUCCUCUUCCUGCUGCACUCUGCCUUUUUCAGCACCGGAAACAUCGCCUCGGUCUCCUCAUUUUCGCUGGAUGCUGUCUACCGGCUAGUUCCUAUUUUCGAUCCCUUCAGCCAGGCAGCUCUUCUCAUCUUCAAGAUCCUAGCUCCUUUCGCGCUGGUUUCUGCCAAUCUUGGAUUUCUGACCAAGAGACUGAAGCUUCAAGGUGGAAGUCUGUUCACGGUGGUCAUGGGCCUCGGUGACUACAUGACUCUGCGCUUUUUCUGGGCAGUGAGAGAUGAAGGGAGCUGGCUGGAGAUUGGAGAGAGUAUUAGCAUGUUUAUUAUUGCUUCUGCGUUAUGUGUGUUUGUCGCAGCGUUGGAGGCUUUGUCGGAGGUAUUUGUUAGAGGGGUGGAGUUUCAAGACAACCUAUAG